CAGGAUCGUAGUUCUCCCCUCAGGGUCGCUGCCAUCCUCUGACAGAUUCAGAUUUUCCCUCAGAGUCGCCUCCGUCCCCUCACGGUCUCAAUUUUCCCCUCAGGGUCCCUGCCAUCCCCUCACAGAUUCAAUUUUCCCCUCAGAGUCGCUGCCGUCCCCUCACGGUCUCCGUUUUCCCCUCAGGGUCGCUGCCGUCCCCUCACGGUCUCAGUUUUCCCCUCAGGGUCGCCGCCGUCCCCUCACGCACCCAAUUUUCCCCUCAGCAUCUCAGCUCUCCCCUCAGGUUCCCAUUUUCCCGGUCAAGGUCGCAGUUCUCCUCUCCGGGUCCCAAAUCCUCCCCUCAGGACAGGGGGAUCGCAGCCCCCGACCCCUUGCAGAGGGUGUCAGGAGCCUCCUUAGCGCUUUAAGAAAAUAAUUCACCGCUUUCUCAGUGCGGAAGGACUAAAGAGGAAAGCUAAACAUUGUGUCCUGCAGCUGGUAGAAUUGCAGAUUACACUCGGAACUGAGUACAUAGAACUCAUUCAGUAGGAAGUGGUUUUCCUGGGAACCAGUUGCUGUUUUUCUGGCUCAAAAGGGGAACACAAGGUCUGACUGUAGAGGAAACCGUGGUAGAAUUUCUGGUAUUUUUAAAAUCGGGGGAUUCCAGGAAGAAGCUGUUCAUGAUCUUGGUGGGUUGCCGAUGUUAGGACAGCCCUGGUUUUUAGGGAGUUCGUGAACAGUUUGCUGUGUACAUUGAGAUGGAGAAUUUGACUCCCUCAGAUCUUCUCUGGAUUUGUUUUUCUCUGUUUCUGAGCAAUUCUUACUUAGGACCUCACCAAGCACAGGGCUGCCCACAGGACCUGGCUCCCUCCACCUCAUUAAAGCACGUUUUGAAACAAAAAUAACAGUACAAGAUAAUGCAGUCAAAGGCUUGUCUGUCAAAGCAGCUGCAGGACACUGCAUUAUUUAAAGAUUCCACAACAAAAAUAUUAUUAGCUUAUUUUUGAGGAAGGUAUAAGCAAAUUGGAAGGAAUUACUCAAGGUUCCUUUAGGUUUCUCCUUUGAUUACUUUGCAUAGUGAAAUGAAACAGGUAGAAGAGGUAGCUGAGCAAAAAGCUACUUAAUCUGAGAAAGUCUUAAAAUCAAAGCACAGAUAUUUUUAAAACUAGUACUCACUUCGAAAUAUUUCAGCUUCCACUGCUCCCAGUUCCAAAUCUGGAGUCUUGUCUGUGUGUCCUCUGACUGGGUUCCAUUAAAGUCCUCCUGAAAGAAAUAAAACCAUUGGAUGAAAUAAAUACCAUCCUUAUCUUAGGUCCCUGCCUUGUAUAACAAGUGACAUUAAAUCAGAGGCAGCAGACUGUAAAAUAUUCAAGGACACACGGGCAGGGAUGGGGCAGCAGUGGGGAAGGUUUGGUGGGGUCAGACAGCCUGCCAGAACUUUCCAGGCCAAUUCAAAGACUUUUUCCAGGGUUUUCCUCCUGUUAAUGGAAAAUGGCUUGAGGAUGAGAAGCAGCUGAUGGUACAUUUGCUAGAUAUAUUUUUAUUUGCUCAGGUUUCUGCAGGGUGCUCUGAAUGCUUUAAUUCAUGGGGCACUGUGGCAAAACAAAGCUAUUUAAAGUGCUCAACAUAGAUCUGCCUGUUAUUAUUGUGAUGUAUUUAUCACAAAACUGCAAGUAAGAUUGGUUCAGUUUUCACUCUGUCUGAUGUGACUGUUCUUCUUUUUGGAUUUUUAUCACUCCCCUCCUCCCCAGCAUAUUUGUGCUCUCUUACUCCUUGGUGCAAUUUUAGGAGUAUUUUUUUAUGGUUUAUUCCACCAGGUGGCUCUCAAGGCCCAGAAUGUGGGAACUACUCCGUGUACCUGACAGCUCUGAGGAUUUGGGAGCAUUUAGGGCACUAUGUUCUUAAAACAGUUAUUCAAUCAGAAAAACACUAUGAGAAGUGGUAAAUGCCUUAAUUCCUUUGGGGAGAAAAGUGCAAAAAGAAAGUGUAAUCAUUAAAAAAUUAUUAUUAGACACACAGUGUUCUGAAAGUCCUUAAGUACUACUUGGGUAUUAGAGAACAGGGCAGUUCCUGCAAGAGAGCUGGAUGUGGUUCUCUGAUUAUUUAAUGCUUCUGAAAAGUUAUUUCUGGUCUCCCCUUUUUUGAAGGUAUUUGCACUUUCAGAAGACUCAGUAAGAUUCAGCAUUAAAAAUGGGAAGGGAUGUGAGAUUUUAUAAUAUUGCCACGUUCUCUCUCGUGUUCAAAGUCAUUAUUUAAUUUAUCUUGUUUGUAUGAUAAAAUAGGAAAUUAAAUAUUGAUAUUUAGGUCAGUAAAAUGAGUAAACAUUUUUGUAAAUAGCUGAAAAUAAUUUCCAAAAAUAUUAUAUAUAUAACUAUUAGUCUGCUUUAUUAAAAUAUAUAACUACUUGUGAGUGAAGAAGGGCCACAACUGGUGAACCUGCUGAAAAACAUAAGCCAGUGCCUGACUGCCUGAAAGUAAUGAAACCUUUUCCUCUGGAGAGGUUCCAGAGAAGGUGGGAAGGUCUGUGUGACAGCAGGCAGGAUCAGUUGCUGAGCCAUGAACUGAUCUCGUGUGUCACUUGCUGGUUGCUGUUUAAUGGUUUUCUGAUAGAAAAAGAGCCAAAUCAGCAUGGGAUCAGCUGGAGAAGGGAAUUACCCAGCAGGUGUUGUGACCUUAGUGCAGGACAGGCCUUUGCAGGAAGUCACCACCCAGGGGUGAUGCUGGAGCAGCCAAAAACGGCCUCAAACCAUCCCCUGUGAGGAGGCAGCUUCUGCUGCUCCCAGAGCUUUUGUGCAGUGUGGGACCCAGCCCAGGAUGUCUGCAGGGGGACCCUGGGCAUCAUUUCAGUUCAGCAAGUGCCCAGCAGUGCCAGCAUCCCCAGGAGCCUGAGCUCGGGGUGUGGCUCGGGGUGAGCAGCUCUGCUGGUGCUGUGAACGUUCCAGGUGUGGUGUUGGUGCUGCAGCUGCAGAGUGUGUGGGCUCCUGUCCCCCGUGGAGCUGCAGGGCCAGUCCAGGCCUGGCUCUGCUGGGCUCACACCGUGACUCCCGAGCUUCUCCAGGCUCUUGGCUUGGCAAACCACUGACUCUUCCAAUGGCCGAGCAGAUGCACAUGGAAAAGGAGGAACUCACUCAUAAGGGCUCAGCUGGACAAGCCACCUCCUUUUGCCCUGGUAUCACAGGAAAAGAUGACCUUACUGUGGGUGCCAUAACAAGCGGCAGAGUGAAUUUCUACCCCUGGACCAUAGAUAACAAAUACUAUUCUGCAGAUAUCCACCUCUGCGUGGUCCCAAACACAUUCCACGUGACUGGAGAGAUCGCUGAGGCUGUGCAGGCGUUUGUUGUGUACUUUGACAGCACCACAAAAACUGGACUGGAGGGUGUCUCUGAAUGGCUUCCCCUGACAGAAGAGUGGCUGCCAGAAGUGAUGAUCCUGGUUUGUGACAGAGUGUCUGAGAACGGUGUAAGCAGACAGAAAGCUCAAGAAUGGUGCAUCAAGCAUGGCUUUGAGUUGGUAGAGCUCAGCCCUGAGGAGCUGCCCGAUGAAGAUGAUGAUUUCCCCGAGUCCACGGGAGUGAAGCGCAUCGUGCAGGCCCUCAACGCCAACGUCUGGUCCAACGUGGUCAUGAAGGGUGACAGGACCCAGGGCUUUGGUCUCCUCAGCACCUUGGCAGGAGCAAACAGGAGCCGUGGCUGUGAAGAGACCCCGGAGACAGAAUCCAACCCAUCCCCAGGAGAGAGGGAAGAAUCCCAGUCAGAUGGUGGAGAGGAUGGAGCUGGCACACACAGCCUGGAGCCUGACAGUGCUGCAGAUCCCAUGCUGGAUAUGGACAUCCAGGAGCUGGCCAGCCUGACCACGAGGGAUGGGGACCUGGAGAACUUCGAAAGGCUCUUCUCAAAGCUGAAAGAAAUGAAAGACAAAGCUGCCACGCUGCCUCACGAGCAGAGGAAGCUGCACGCAGAGAAGGUGGCCAAAGCCUUCUGGAUGGCAAUUGGAGGAGACAGGGAUGAGAUUGAAGGUCUCUCCUCGGAUGAAGAAAACUGAAUUCCUCUGUAGCUGGAAGUGCCAGAGCAAUCCUGAGGGAAUGAUCCUUCCCUGAAUUAGUGUUCAUUGCCAAAAACACCAUUUAGCUGUAGCUGCUUCCCUUGGUGACAGCAUUCCCCUGUUCCACAUUCCACAACAUCUCCAGGCUCCAGAGGCUUUGUCUGCCUGUCCUGUCUCCUCUCCCAGAGGUCUUGGGGAGGUGACACGUGUGUGGCUCAAGGAAACAGUGAUGAGUUUACAUUUUACAAAUGAACAUUUUUAUGAUUUCCUCUCUGGGGUUUAAAUAAACAAAUGUGCUCCCAGUUAUCUCUGCACACAGGGCUGGGGCUUGGGAAGUGACUCCUGAAUUCCAAACUGCAUUUUUCAGCUGUAGGGCUCUUGGAUGGUUUUAUGGAGCUUUUCCUAGUUCAGACUGGCCAGAUUUGGAUGAGCCAUGAGGAGGAGGUUGCUGAGCUCCGUCCUGCCAAGUGCCAAAGCCAUUACAUGUGGCCCCAGGCUCAGAUUCUGUUUGGAUUUUGCUGUAGGGGUGGGGGCUGCCCUGGAAUGUCAGGUGUUGUCCACACUCCCUGGAUUCCCAAUGAAAUGCCAGAUUGUGCUGCUCCCCCAGGGUGCAAUUCCGUGCCCCAGCCUUGUGCAAGGCCUGGCAGAAUGCACAGAGCUGCUCUGGGAGCUCUGUCCUCAGUUCCCAAAGCCCUCGGUGCCCCUGGAUGGGCUCAGUGCCCCAUUCCUGUGUGUCCAUCAGGCACAGGGCUGAGAAGGAAUUCUCUUUUCCUGGGGGAGUCCCCAUCACUUCCACAGCAGCAGAGGGCACAGAGCCUCUGGAGUGUCGGACACGGAAGGAAGGUGGAGCCUGGUGAGCAACGAGAGAAUGGGGAGAUGCCCUCCUGGCUCCUCUGCUGCAGGCACAGGCAGUGGAUCCAGGGGAAGAGGAUCCAACAGAUUCCCAUAGGGAAGAGUCUGGCCCCAAGAACUUUUCCUUGUCCAUCUGAAAAUCCACCCUGUUAAGCAGCCUCAGUUAGGAAUUUCAAAAUUAACUUUUCCCAUGUCCCCUAAAUUGCCGAGUCCCAGGACACGAGUUUGCCAUCGAUUUUUGGAUGGCUUUACCUUCUGCAGGCACUUUCACAGUGCUCCUUGAAUUCCCUUUUUAAUGAUGAAGCAAAGGUGAAUGUAAAUCAUCAUUCUUGGAAUGCUGGGAAUCAUUUCCUGGGUGGAAAUUGCAGCAUUUAAGGACAAGAACUGCAGCCUCAUUGGCAGUCUGGGAAGCGUUUCAGCAGAAGCCUGAGCAGGAGCUCCCCCAUGGUGAAACACCUGGUUUGGGAAGAGUUCUGGAGUACUGAGACCUGCCAGGGCCACCUUCCCAAGGAGCUGCGGGGCCUUCCCAAGGUGCUGUGACUGCACCUUCUCCCGUCCUCCACACCUCUCUCCCAGCACAGAGAAUGUGACACAGAGCUGCAGGUGGCUCAUGCCAGGCAGGGAAUGAAUGGUUUCCACGUUGGCUUCUCCGAGCUGAAGGUUCUUUCUGCCCUUUCCAAGUCUUUGUUGUGCAAUGGUGAUAAAUGGCCAGAGUGCCAAGGGAAUAGAGUGGAGGCAGCAAAGAAAAAAUGGACACUAUAAACCCAUUCUUUAGACAUGUGAUAGAGAUGUGACUUUUUAAAUUUAAUGAGAUCAGUUAAAACCCAGUGCUUUGCUGCCUUUUUAUGAGGUGGCAGCAGCUCAUUCCCAUACUCAAAACUCUUUUAAGCGUGAUUUAUUGUAAAUGUGGGUCUUGUCUGUAGGGGCAGAAAUCAUGGAGGCAGGAAGUGUGGCUGGAGACACUGGGAAAUAACGUAAUGAUCCUUUGAGGUUGUUGUGUUGUGGUUUAAAAUCAAGGUUUACUUUGCUGGUGGUUAUUCUAUUUUUUUUGUGGGUUGUUUGGGGUUUUUCUGAAGAGACCCUUUGGUUUUGGCUACAGAAUUUCUUUACAAAAUAGGAAGUUACAGAAAUGAAUAAAAGGGGCAUUAGUGGAAAAGCA